UUAUUCCCGAGUCAGAUUCCCAAGUCACAUCCUCAGGUCAGAUUCCCAAGUCAUAUUCUCUAGUCAGAUCCCCAGGUCAGAUUCCCAUGUCACAUUCCCAGGUCAGAUUCCCAGGUCAGAUUCCCAGGUCAGAUUCCAAGUCAGAUUCCAGUCAGAUUUCCAAGUCCGAUUCCCAAGUCAGAUCCCCAAGUCAGAUCCCCAAGUCAGAUGCCCAAGUCAUAAUCUCGAGUCAAAUCACCAGGUCAGAUUCCCGCGUCAGAUUCCCAGGUCACAUUCCCAGGUCAGAUACCCAGAUCCCCAAGUCAGAUCCCCAAGUCAGAUGCCCAAGUCAUAAUCUCGAGUCAAAUCACCAGGUCAGAUUCCCGCGUCAGAUUCCCAGGUCACAUUCCCAGGUCAGAUACCCAGGUCAGAGACUCCCAUGUCAGAUUCCCAGGUCAGAUUCCCAUUUCACUUUGCCAGGUCAGAUUCCCAGGUCGGAUUCCAGUCAGAUUCCCAAGUCUUAUUCCCGAGUCAGAUUCCCAACUCACAUCCUCAGGUCAGAUUCCCAAGUCAUAUUCUCUAGUCAGAUCCCCAGGUCAGAUUCCCAUGUCACAUUCCCAUGUCACAUUCCCAGGUCAGAUUCCAAGUCAGAUUCCAGUCAGAUCCCCAAGUCAGAUCCCCAAGUCAGAUCCCCAAGUCAGAUCCCCAAGUCAGAUCCCCAAGUCAUAAUCUCGAGUCAAAUCACCAGGUCAGAUUCCCGCGUCAGAUUCCCAGGUCACAUUCCCAGGUCAGAUACCCAGCCGAAUGCCCCCCCUUCCGGUCUCCAUUCGCCGAAUGGAGAGAAUGGGGGAGUGACUUACCUCACCAGAAAUCAUUGUUGGUGGUGGCCAUGAUAGCCAGGAUGGUGGUGGCAGGGGUGAGGCGAGAGUGGUGCUGGGGAGUGGGGAUUGGUGCAGCUGGAGCAGGAAGGAGUAGGGUGGUGGUGGCACGUGCCACAGGUAGCAUGUGGACUAUGGAGAGAAUAGGCGACUGAUUUAUAGGUGCCACACCUACGAUGGCUGGUGAUGCGCAUCGUAGCGGGGAUGGUAGUGGUAGUGAGGAGGAGAGGUUGAUGGUAUUGGUUGGAGAUGAGAAUGCUGAGGUGGGAAGGAGAAGGGUGGUGCGGUGGGUGGUACGUGCAACGGGUGUGUGGAACCCAAAGAAGAUAGGCGAGUAACAGUAUACUGUACUUGGUGGGAGGAGGUAGACUCAUUUGCGAUUCAUUAUUGGAGGCUGGUUCUGAAUGAUGCCGAAAGCAAUGGUGAUGGUGUUGAUGAAUCUGAAUGUGUCAUUGCCAUAGAUAGAUGGGGUUCAGAAAUAAUAUGCUCUUACAAAAUUACGGACACUAUUUCCCUGUAACUCUCCUCAUAACGGGUACGCAAUCCGCCUGAAACCUGUUCCGAAUUCCCUUGGUGCGUCUAGGAGACCUGCGGCUCGAUUAGUGAGUGGAGUGGAGCACACCUGAAAUAACCACCCACGAGCAAACAACGCGGCACGGAAGCACCAGCCCCAUCAGGUGAGGUCAGGUCACUCGCUCGCCCUGCAACUCGCAGCAGCAGGCAGGGCCCAAGCCAGACUCAUCCUUCCCCUUACCUCCCGCAUAAAACCACUCCCUCGGCUAUUCCUCUCUCACAGCAAGCAAGUGGCUUUCCCAGCGCACAAAAGUCAGAUCAGAAACCAGUCAGAUUUCCAGUGACGAUCUCCAUACAGCUUGAGUGUAUAUAGCAGCUUCGUUCUCGAUACCCGUCCCUCCCAGCGCGUGAGAAUGGCCAGAGCCGCGCUUCUCGCGCUCUCCCUGGCGCUGCUCGUCGCCGUCGCGCGCGCCGGCAGCCCCAUCACGAGCUCGUCCGCCAACGAGAAGCCCGACCUGAGCAGCAAGAAGGACGACGGGCUCAUGACCGAAAUCCCCGCCGCGAUCGCGAAGGCUGCUGCGUCAGGCGACGCGGCCGGUGUUACCUACGUCGAUACCGCUCAGGAUACGUUUUUCAUGGCUGACGUGAAGAAAGCGGGGUGGAACGCGCAAAAGUGCCCGCCCGGUUUGAACAAGGAGCUGGCGGGAGCGUGCACGCCCAAGAACUGCUCCAAGGGCGGAAUCGCCGCCAAGUGGAAGACCGCCUACCUGCAGAAGAACAAGCUCGGUUACGAGCUGUACGUGCCGGGUAACCCGCUGACGCUGCUCAAGGCGAACCCCGCGUCGUGCUGCAACACGUGCGCCUCGACGCCCCUGUGCACGUACUGGCAGUACAUCCCCGAUAUCACGAUUGACGGAAAGAAGGGCAAGGGCGCGUGCUACCUGAUUCACGACCAGAUUGACUUCACGUGCGGAGAGAUGACCGCGCAGUACAGCACGGAGACGAAGCCCGUGCCCCUGCAGGUGCGCAUCGGCGGCGAGUGCAACCCCGCGGCGAAGAUCCUCAACGACCCGCAUCUGGUGGGCGCGCACGGCACGCACUUCGACUUCAACGGCCGCCCCGACAAGGCCUUCUGCCUGCUCACCGACCGCGACCUCCACGUGAACAUGCUCCUCCGCGGUUACUACGACGAGAGGACCGACAACGCGGCGCUGGUCGUCGACGGCAAGGCAGUGCACACGUGGAUCAAGGAGCUCGGCAUCGUGUGGACUGCCGGCGGCGUGGACCACAAGAUUCGGCUGGCGGCGCGCGGCGGCAAGCAGCAGGAGCGCGGCGAGGGAUUCAUGAAGAGCAUCGAGAUCGACGGCGAGGAGAUCCCUCGCAUGCAGGUCGGCGACAGCGUUACCGGCGCCGGCGGGCUCAAGGUCGAAUUCCGCGGGCUCGAGAAGGAGGGACCGUUCGAUGUCGAUUACUACCUGCUCACGAUCGACGGCCUGGUUUCGCUCGACCUCCGCCUGCGCGUGGCUCACCCCAAGCUGCAAACCCCGACCGACGCCGAGGCGCACAUCAAUGUGGGAAUUGCGGAGCUGGAGCACACGGAGGAGAUUCACGGCGUGCUCGGACAGACGUAUCGCGCGGAUCACUCGCAGCGCGCCGCGGACUUCCAGCGCCUGAUCGCGAGCCUGCACCGUCCGAUCUCCGCCGAUGGCGCGGAGGGCAAGGGCUUCCUUGAUGGCACACCCAGGUCGUACGAGGCGAGCGACGUGCUCGCUGUGGAUUGCGCUUAUACCGCGUACGGCCGCGCCAGACAAGUCAUGCCCGUGCAGCCGUAAGUGCUGGUUCGGUGCUGCAUGUAUUGUACAGUGGGCUGAAUGUAUACAUAGGUAGCAUACAUCCAUAGGACUAAUACUAGUGGGCUGAUUCUCCCUAAUGUAUUGGAUUUAUUUCUGCCAAACCACUCUUCAUACGGUUUUGAUCUUAAUACUAAGCAGCAAGUGGUGCUGUAGCAGAGAGAUGGGCGCGGUUGGAAUACAGCCACAGAAGCAGC